UAUCAGCUGACGCGGGAGUCAUAUAUAUUAUAGGUCUCUUUGAGCCGCAGGUUACUCUGUCGUGUUAUAUGUAUUUCAUUGUUAUUCGAAACGAAAUAUUUUGUUUCUUUUGAGCUUGAACUUCCAUGAUUAAUUAUUUAAGCAAUCUGCCGUGAUUGUUAUUAUGAACGACGAAAGUCACCGAACAAAACUGAAAAAACAUCUAGUCAGUCGUGGAGCUGAAAUUCCAGUACACUGGAGUAGUAAAGCUCGGGAUAUUUUUAAUUUGUAUAGUAGUAUGAGAGUGAGUUGAUUUAAGUUCUUCCUUACGGCAGUCAUCAAUACCAAGCAGCUACCAACAAGUUUAAUUUACUACAACAAUAGGAAUUGUGAGUUUCUUCAUAUCUUAAAAUUUUUAAAAGAAUUUGAGCAGAAUGGUUGGUUUGCCAGCUCUACGUCAAGAGCCUUCUGUGGGUGUGAAAUUUGUAAGUGCCGGAACUGCUGCAUGUAUUGCAGACAUCAUAACAUUUCCUCUGGAUGUUGCAAAAGUGAGAUUACAGAUACAAGGUGAAGGUACUGUACCUGUCAAAUCACAUCUUGUCAAGGCUGGCCUUUCAUCUAAUAAAGGCAUGUUUGGAAUGAUAGUUCAUAUUGUGAAAAAAGAAGGUCCAAAAAGCUUGUAUAAUGGCCUUUGUGCAGGCCUGCAGCGACAAAUGUGUUUUGCUUCAGUGCGAAUAGGAUUGUAUGAUUCUGUGAAGAAUCAUUACAGUGCUUUAGGUUUGUUUAUAUACUAUAUUUCUGUAGUAGAGUUUUUUGUGUUGUAAUAACUUCAUAAAGAA